AUGUCUGCCGCCGCGUCGUCGCUCAGAAUGAGCACGAGCAACUCAAACACCGGCACCACUCCAUCGCCCCUCGGCGCCGCUGCUUCCGCCCCGUCAUCCUCUUCCUCCUUCGACAUUGUCGCUGCGUACCAGCGAGCACUGACUGAUGAGAAGGCUUCGCUGGGAGUGCGCGCCGGAUGUCAGCUGUGGGAGCGAUUCGUCGCGCUGUCUGGAGGUGGUAGCGAGCGGGGUCUGAUUGCGCAGGGCCGCUCGUUCUGCAGUGUCACGGCACCGCACUGCCGCGACAAGAUUGCGAAGCAGGCUGUCGACUUUGUGCGCGACGACUGUGUUAUCCUCACGCACUCGUACUCGCGAACGGUGAUCCAGACAAUCCUCCGCGCGCACAAGCAGCACAAGCGAGUCAGCGUGUAUGUGACGGAGGCGCGACCGGGCUGCCUCGGCAUGAAGACGCAUGAGCUGCUGACCGAGGCGGGCAUCCCGUGUACUGUGAUCCUGGACAGUGCGGUCGGAUACGUCAUGGAGCGUGUCGACAUGGUGCUGCUGGGCUGCGAGGCGGUUGUCGAGUCUGGAGCCCUCGUCUCGUCGGUGGGCACCUACCAGGUCGCGCUUGUCGCCAAGGCGAUGCAGAAGCCCGUCUACGCGCUCGCCGAGAGCUACAAGUUCCUCCGCCACUACCCGCUGUCGCAGACCGAUCUCCCCAUGCCGCGCACCGAGAAGCGGGUCCCGCUCUCGUUCCCCGACGACGAGCUCAAUGCCCGCAAGUUCACCACGCCCUCGCGCCGCACCUCCAACGCGGGCGCGGACCGCGACACCCCCGCCACCAGCGGCGUCACCACCCCCCUCCUCGCCGGAAGGGAGCAGCCCAAGAUGUCCGUCGAGAUGCAGAACAACCAGCCAAACUUUGACGUCACGUACCCCGAGCUCGUUGACUUUAUCAUCACCGACCUCGGAACGCCCCUCUCCCCCACCUCCGUCAGCCAGUACCUCGUCGCCCAGUUCUCCGAGUAG